AUGGCCCCCCUCCCUUUCGACGGGCUCGGGCCUGCUUCAUGGGCGUGUGCAUCCGUUGCUUCUCGUUCCGCUUCCACCUCCCACCCCCCGAAUCCACUCAAUUCCAUCCUCAGGCCACUCGUCACUGCAGACGGCAUUGCUCAAGCCCUCAGCAACGCAUUCUAUGCCUCGCCUCGCAGAGCGAACCGGCGGGAUUGUGAUUAUGCGAAGAAAAGUUGGGUUUCGAGGAAUCUCUUGUUUCAUAAUUGUUGA